ACUCAAAUAUGUUUACUUGUUCCGAGGGGAAGCAUUUCAGUGAUGUACUGAAAGUGGGACUUCCUCCUCCACAUAUGUACACAUUUAUAAUUACUCUAGACAAGUCGUUACGUGUUAGCGUGUAGCGAAGGCUAUCAAUUUUGAGCUCGUGCAAAGUAUGGCCGAGACCACGGAAAAUCUGCAGAAAUACGAGGAGAUGUUUGCCCACAGAUUUACUUCAGAGGACCAUGAAUACCAGCAGUAUGUGAGCCGGCCACCCGACCCCCCUCCUGUCGUCGAAGAGUGGAGGAGUCGGGGAGGAGGAAACCACAGAGGCAGGGAUAACCGGUACCAGGAUCGUGGUGGACGCGGAGGUCGUGGGUGGGGUGGAGGCCGAGGUUGGGGAGGAGACCGGGGUUGGAGAGGCGACCAUCGUGAGCAGCAGCAGCACUGGCAUGACAGAGACAGGUACUCGGGCCAUGGCAGUGGGUAUCAAUCAGGCCCCCCAAGCUCCAACCAGAGAUACAACUCCCAUCAUCAGAGACCUCAUUAUGAUCACUACUGAGAUCUGCUCUAGUCUCUCAGGUGUUGUCAGUAUUCAUAGUAUUCUCAUUCAUUUUCACUCAUUCUUUUUUUUGGGGGGGGGUGACUCUCAUUGCCGCAGUCUCAUAAGAAAGGGCUGUGCAGUAGAUCGUUGUUAAUAAUUUACUGUCCAUCAUUGAAAUUGUAUGGGACUUUUACAGUAUUGCAAUAUCUAAUUUUUAUUGUUUGAAUACAAAAUAGGAAGCAGGUACUCGUGCUCAGCCCUGUAAUCAUAGGACUGUACGUUUCUUGGGAACGAUAAUAAGAACAUGCUUGGAGUUCUCAAUAAUGGAACUCUUACUGAAAAUGACACUGAAAAUAACAACUUCUUCUUUUAAUAUAUGAGGUGUGUGGGCUGUUUUUAAAAAUAUUUGAUUAUCACAUUGUAACUGGGAAAUGUGACUCAGGACUUGGUUUGUGUUCACAUAGUUUUGCCGCUUCAUCCUUCACAUGCUUUGAUAUCAGAGUGUUAUGAAAUAUACAGUACAGUAUUGUUGCAAACAGUGAACAGUUUCCAGAAGAAAUCUAUUUGUAAUUAAGCUUUAUUUUUCUCUGUCACAUUAUAUAGCAAUACUUAUGAACUGAGCUGUUGUCAAUAAACAUGUAUUUUCUUAA